AUGAAAGCCAUCGCUGGUUUCUUUGGCCGAGCUCCUACGCCUCGCAUUGAAGGGCAAGUUACGGUGAUGCGAGCCCCAGUGGAUGUUUUGACGAAGGUAGCCUGUACACCAUACUACCUCAGUGACCAAGGCAGAAUGAGGAACACAGCGAAUUCCUUUGGCUUGUCCCAACAAUGUGUCUCCAAGAUCGUUCGACAGGUAAGUGCUCAUAACGGAAGCCACUGGCACUGUUUUCAGUCAUUUUGUUACCAUGCAUGUUGUCUAACAUUAGUUGCUAAGUAGCAACACUAGGCAAUCCACUCUAGCUAACGUGACUUGUAGACUAGAUAAGGCAGGAGAGGAAUGGAAUGAGAGGGGAAGUUAUGGAGAAGGAAAGAGUGAGUGAAGGAGCAGUAACGUGUGUGUGUGUGUGUGUGUGUGUGUGCGAGAGAGAGAGAGAGAGAGAGAGAGAGAGACAAGGAGUACAUUUUUGUUGUCCCUUUUUACAUUGCCUCUGAAUGUACUUACUGUACUUAAUCAUCUGUACUUGAAACUAAUUCAUUCAUUCCUUCAUUCAGGUUUGCACAGCCAUAACUGUCCAUUUGGGGCACACCUACACCAAGUUGCUGUUCUCCGAAGCAGAAAUAGAAGAACUUGUCACUGAGUUUUACCAUGCCCAUGGUUUGCCCCAGUGCCUUGGUGCGGUUGAUGGGACCCAUAUAGACAUUAAGGAGCCAUCCAGUAACUCUAUGGACUACCUCAACAGAAAAAAGAAGCAUUCACUGAACGUCCAAGCCACAUGCAGCUACAAAUAUCAGUUCAUUGAUGUUGUCGUGAAAUGGCCAGGUGGUGUUCAUGAUGCCAGGGUUUUUGCUAAUUCCCAGUUGAACUCUCAUUUUAAGACUGGCCGUAUCCCUCUCUACAAACAACGGAUUGUGGAAGAUGAAGACCCUAUACCUGUAUUCUUUCUAGGAGACCCGUCAUAUCCGUUAAUGCCCGUACCUACACUGGAGCUAAAGCUAAACAGAUAA